AUGUCAGACAACUCGAUAUUUAGCCCAUCUCAAGCGUCUAGUUGCGCAAAUUCUGUCGGUCUAUCAUGGGAAAGUUCCAAUUCGCCAGUGCCAAGUAAUGCCUCAUCAGCAACUUCGGCAAUUUCAGAUUCAGCCUCGACGGGCAUUCCUAGUAUCUACUUCAAUCCCAAUAUCAGCAGUUCAUUCAUUGACUCUAAUGAAGCUUCACCUUGGGCACCUCUGUCCAGAAGCGUCGAUAGCUCCUACCUAGAGAGAUCCCCGUUCAGCUAUGAACGCAAUUCAAGUAAACAUUCCUCGAUUGCCAACACUCCUACAUCCUCAGCGUUGAUGCUGUGUGUUGACGAGUCGGAGUGGAGCAUAUCAAGUCGGAGUAAAACCACUUUCGAACAGAUCCUGGGUGAAAAUUAUGACUUUCGAGAAGGCUUGCCCUCGCCGUCAAUAGCUUCGACUGCAAGCUCUAUGUGGGAUAAGUCAAGAACGUAUCUUAGUAGAGUGACAUCAAGCAUCGCUGGAGCUUUCUCAGACAGGUCAGCUGAUGCUCGAAAGCGGUUCGACUCGAACGCCGGCACUGGAAAUGUGAGGGACUUCGAGCACAGCCCUGGUCUUCAGGCGAGAUUGGACGACUUCCUUGGACGGAGUCGAUGA